CGAAAGAGUUUGUGAUCCCAAAUGCGCUUAUUUUCUGCUCGGAGUACGUCACAUACAUUUAGUUGGAGUCGGACAGGACUGUAUCAGUUCCACGACAGUCGGAGAAGUAAACCAGUAGCUGAGAAAGAUGAGUACAUCUCUCACAACUGCUAAUGGGAUGCUUGUCAUCACCCAGGUCGUCCCUCAGAAUAAUGUGCAGGGUGCAAAUACCACAACUACGGUACCUGUGCAAGUUGCUACAGGAACUAACUUUUGUCCAGUGCCACAGAAAUUACAAAGAUUUCUCAAAGGUGAACCAAAGGCUUUAGGGGUGGCUCAGAUCAUGAUUGGAGUGAUUAACAUUGGGUUUGGGAUAGUCCUGGCAUUUACUGAUUCACUCGCUGUAUUUGGAGGAAUUCCAUUUUGGACAAGCAUAAUGUACAUUAUUUCUGGAAGUCUCUCUAUUUGUGCUGCCAAUAGUAUGCAAUCUUGUCAAAUUAAAGGAGCCUUGGGUACGAAUAUCAUCAGCACAAUUUUCAGCUGCAUUGGAAUCAUCAUGUAUUCAACAGAUUUAGCAGUUGAAUUGUGCUAUGAUGAUUGCUAUUACGGUUAUCCAUUUCAGGUUGCACAAGGAAUGAAGGGUGUCCUGUUGAUUUUUACUAUUCUUGAGUUCUGGGUGAGCUUGUUCACAUCAAUCUAUGGCUGCAAAGCAACCUGUGGAAACCCAGACCAGCCUCUAAUUAUCAUCCAGCAGAAUGUUGACCCAUCAGGAAUUCCUGUGCAGAUCCCACAGUGUAAUGUUCCACUGCAGACAACUCCUAUCACACAGCCAUAUAAUCAGCCUCCAAAUAUGCCAUCUUACCCACCUCCAUAUGCUAAGUAAAAGUGAGGUUGAGCUCUACAGCACAUGACAUUGACGACAAUGACUGUGAAAAGGGUUUUGACAUCAAAAUGGAAGCCUCAGAUCUUUAUUUUUAUUAAUCAACAUUCAACUUAAAUAUCUGUUAAUUUAUUUUGCUUUGCUUAAGAACUGAUUUACUUUAUUUUGAUUGACACUAAGAGUCCACAUGAAUCUCUAUGGAAGUGAAUCAUUGUGUUUUCUGUUAAGAAAUAUAUAAAGUACAGUGAAUGUGUACAUUUAUUUUUUUACUGAUAUGGCGAUUUCCUAGAUACAUUCACUAUGCUGAUUUAUUUUGAGGUUUUUAUAAAUCUUUCAGUAUCAGAUGAGAUUAUAUUUUUGCCUGGAAUUGAUUUCAUUAAACGUUUUCUCAGUUUCCUGUAUUUGAUUGACCUGAGAUAGAGUUAUUGUAGACAUAAAUUUUGAUUACCUCACUACCCA